GUCUUUGUCUCCCACACUCUUUGUUAGCCAUGCCGAGCCUGCUGGUGCUAGCAGGCAUCAUGGAGAAGAACGGGGGCUACGCCGGGGAUCUGGCCGGCUCCGGCUUCGGAGGCGAGGCUCUCCUGGUGCCGCCCGACGACGAGGAGGACGACUCCCGCGCCCUGCGGGUCGCGCUGGGCCAGCUGUCUCUGCUGGGGCUCGGCGAGGGCGAGGACGGCGGUGGUGUUGGCGGUGGAGGUGGUGGAGGUGGAGGUGGAGGUGGUGGAGGUGGAGGUGCCCCCACGGCGGGAGUGCAGGACCGGAGCAACAACAACAACAACAACAGCCAGCAGCAGCAGCAGCAGCAACAUCAUCAUCAGCAUGGCGGGGACGCCAGCAUCCUGUCCGGCAAGAGCAAGUUGUGCGCGCUGUACUCCGAGAGCUCGUCCGGCGAACCCAAAGGACGCGGCUGCAACAUCACUGAAUGUGUGCCGGUGCCCAGCUCCGAACAUGUGGCCGAGAUAGUGGGCAGGCAAGGUUGCAAGAUCAAAGCCCUGCGGGCCAAGACCAACACCUACAUCAAAACCCCGGUCCGAGGCGAGGAGCCCGUGUUCCUCAUCACGGGCCGCAAGGAGGACGUGGCCCUGGCUCGCCGCGAGAUCAUCUCUGCCGCCGAGCACUUCUCCAUGCUGAGGGCAUCCCGCAACAAGCUGGGGGUGUCUUUCAGCGGCUCCCCGCCCACGCCUCUGCCGGGUCAGACCACCAUCCAGGUGAGGGUGCCGUACCGGGUGGUGGGGCUGGUGGUGGGCCCCAAAGGAUCCACAAUCAAACGCAUCCAGCAGCAGACCUGCACGUACAUCGUCACCCCCAGCCGGGACCGCGACCCGGUCUUUGAGAUCACGGGCUCGCCGAGUAACGCAGAGCGAGCCCGCGAAGAGAUCGAAGCGCACAUCGCCUUCCGGACAGGAGGUCUGCACGAGCACAACAACGAGAACGACUGCCUGGGCCCCCACAGCCCGGUGGGCGGCGGUCUGGAAAGUCGUCUCCAGCAGGUCUGGGGUCUUCAGGGGGGCCAGCGCAAGCCCCUCAGCAGCAGCUACCGCCAGAACUUCUCCGACGCCAUGGUGGAAGGAGGCGGGAUCUACCAGAAGGGCAACUUCUCCACCUCCGACGAGAAGCCUUGCCCCUUCUUCUGCUCGGAGGGCAGCCAGAGCUGGGGGGACCCCGGCUACCCCAAACAGAUGGCCUUCUACGCCCAGCAGCGCUCCAAGAGCUUCGGAGGCCUCCCGCUGCCCCUCACCAGACUCUCCCCGGGCCUCCCCGACUCCAGCACUAACUCGCCUCACGCCCAGGCUCGCCGCGCCCACAGCGAGCCCACCUCGGCCGGCUUCCCCGGGCGCCUCCCUGCCCCGGACUCGCCGCCGGCCACCAUGCGGGACUGCAUGACCUGCUUCGAGAGCAAGGUGACGGCCGCCCUGGUGCCCUGCGGCCACAACCUCUUCUGCAUGGAGUGUGCCAUCCGCAUCUGUGAGCUCAAGCAGCCCGAGUGCCCCGUGUGCCACGCCCGCGUCACGCAGGCCAUCCGAAUAUUCUCCUAAGUCCUCCUCCCUUCUUACACCCGCUUCCAGGACUUUGGGAAACCAUCAAGCAGAUCUUUUAUAAGGCGCUGCUUGCUUUGCUAAAAAGUCACAGAAAUAUUUGUAACUUUUUCUUUUCUAGACAUAUAUAUAUUUGAUAAAACUUUGCUUUAUAAGAGAAGUAUCUUACCUUUUGUUGGCCCUUCAACAAUCUCCGUGCAGGCGGACGUCAGCUCAACAUUCCAGCAGGAAGUCUUCUCCGCCAAGGCCGCCCCCCUCCUGCGCUCGGUCUUCAAGACCCCCCGUCACUAAUUGGUGGCACCUUGCUAAUUGGUGGAACCUUGCUGGAACCUUCUCCUCCCGCCUCAAAGCACUGAGUUCACCUGGGAGGUGCCCAAGCCUCCCUUCUUCUUUCCUAAAGCGCGCGCCAUCGCCGUGGGGAGACAUCGCCGUGGGGAGACAUCGCCGUGGGGAGACAUCGCCGUGGGGAGACAUCGCCGUGGGGAGACAUCGCCGUGGCCAAGGCGGGGUCUCAGCUAAGACAAAAUGUGUAAUUAGCCCAGGAGCAGGUGUUGUGGGGGUCUUUCUUUGUCCCCGCCCCCAUCUCGCUCCUCUGCUGCUUCCAGGGAGAGCUCAAGGGGGCCAGUAUUGUUUGUUUUGCUGGUAAUUAGGGGGAGGGUCCAGGUGUGUGGACAGUGGGGGGGGGGUGGCUUUAUGUGGAAGGGAGGGUCAACACACAGACAAAAAAGAUCUGAUGGUGUAGCGUGACCCACUCCCACUGUGACAUUCUAACAGGGUUUAUGUGACAGCACAAGCCCCGCCCACUUGUCCCGUCCUGCAGCUGCCCCGGGUCUCCUCCCCCCCCCCACUGAGGGAGUGAGAGUCAGCUUAUUGUGAUUGGUGGAAAAGCCAAGGAAACGCCCCCUUUAUCAAAUCAAACCACACAAGUCUGCGGGGACCACGGCUGGGGGUUUGGGGGAGGGGGGGGGCAUUUGGGUCACGUGACUCUGGAGGACACGCCCCCAAGCUUAGGCUGCCUUCACACUUGUGCCACCAAACAUUUGUCUACGCACUCUGCAGCUCAUUGCACUCUUGUCUCACAUGUGAGACGUGUAUGGCAUUGUCUCACAUAUGAGACAUGUAUGGUCUUGUCUCACAUAUGAGACAUGUAUGGCAUUGUCUCACAUAUGAGACAUGUAUGGUCUUGUCUCACAUAUGAGACAUGUAUGUCAUUGUCUCACAUGUGACACAUGUAUGGCAUUGUCUCACAUGUGAGACAUGUAUGUCAUUGUGUCACAUGUGAGACGUGUAUGGCAUUGUGUCACAUGUGAGACAUGUAUGUCAUUGUGUCACAUGUGAGACAUGUAUGGCAUUGUGUCACAUGUGAGACAUGUAUGGCAUUGUGUCACAUGUGAGACAUGUAUGGCAUUGUGUCACAUAUGAGACAUGUAUGUCAUUGUCUCACAUGUGACACAUGUAUGGCAUUGUCUCACAUGUGAGACAUGUAUGUCAUUGUGUCACAUGUGAGACGUGUAUGGCAUUGUGUCACAUGUGAGACAUGUAUGGCAUUGUGUCACAUGUGAGACAUGUAUGUCAUUGUGUCACAUGUGAGACAUGUAUGGCAUUGUGUCACAUGUGAGACAUGUAUGGCAUUGUGUCACAUGUGAGACAUGUAUGGCAUUGUGUCACAUGUGAGACAUGUAUGGCAUUGUGUCAACAGGCCAACUUUUCCCCGGCGUCUCUCUGGUGUGUGUGCAUGAUUGGGAAGCAGAGUAUACUGUACUUACUGUACGCAGAAGCAGAGUAUACUGCACUUACUGUACGCCGAAGCAGAGUAUACUGUACUUACUGUACGACGAAGCAGAGUAUACUGUACUUACUGUACGUGACAGCAGAGUAUACUGUACUUACUGUACGCUGAAGCAGAGUAUACUGUACUUACUGUACGCAGAAGCAGAGUAUACUGUACUUACUGUACGCCGAAGCAGAGUAUACUGUACUUACUGUACGUGACAGCAGAGUAUACUGUACUUACUGUACGCGGCAGCAGAGUAUACUGUACUUACUGUAUGCUGAAGCAGAGUAUACUGUACUUGCUGUACGCCGAAGCAGAGUAUACUGUACCUACUGUACGCGGCAGCGGAGUAUACUGUACUUACUGCACGCUGAAGCCGAGUAUACUGUACUUACUGUACGCCGAAGCCGAGUAUACUGUACUUACUGUACGCGACAGCAGAGUAUACUGUACUUACUGUACGCCGAAGCCGAGUAUACUGUACUUACUGUACGCGGCAGCAGAGUAUACUGUACUUACUGUACGCGGCAGCAGAGUAUACUGUACUUGCUGUACGAUGAAGCAGAGUAUACUGUACUUACUGUACGAUGAAGCGGCACAUAUGCGAUAAAAGCGCGUCAUGAUUAUUGUCGAAAAUGGCGAGUUAGAAAAGAUGUUAUUUUAGAAAAGUAUUCUUCAGCAGGCUUUUUGUCCGACUGCUGGCCUGCUCGUCUUCAAGCACGUGUCAGAGCCAACAUACUUCCUGCUCAGUCUUCUACAACAUGUUUACUGUACUGUC